AACAGGUCACACUGGUAUUGUUUGAGGCUUCCAGGGAAAUAUAGGGGAAAUAGUGUAGAGGGUCCAGGACGAUCUGGCAAUACUCUGGACAAGUUCCAUUUGGAAGGUCUAAGCCCCACCCCCACCCCAGAAUGACAGCAUAAUGCAGCCAUCUCUGACAUGUUUAUAACUCUGCUUGCAACACAAUCAGUAUCCUAACGUCUCCUAGCAGUGGCCCACUGUAAUAACACUGUCUUCAAUGUAAAAACGUGCCUACCUGCAGUCACUCUACCACCACCACCAGCAGAGCCUGAGCUGAGAGGAAACCACGGUUCUCAUGACCCGGAGCACCCCUUUCCAACAACCUGUUAAAGCAUGGUGGAUUACUAUGAAGUUCUAGGAGUGCAGAAAUAUGCUUCGUGUGAGGACAUUAAAAAGGCUUAUCAUAAAGUGGCACUUAAAUGGCACCCGGAUAAAAAUCCAGAAAAUAAAGAAGAAGCCGAGAGAAAAUUCAAAGAAGUAGUUGAGGCGUAUGAGGUAUUAUCAAAUGACGAAAAACGGGACAUUUAUGAUAAAUAUGGCAAAGAAGGAUUAAAUAGCGGAGGCGGAAGUAAUUUUGAUGAUUCUUUUGAGUAUAGCUUCACAUUCCGUAAGCCGGAGGACGUCUUUAAAGAAAUUUUUGGUGAAAUGAACUCAUUUUCAUUUCAUUUCUUUGAAGAUUCACUUGAGGACCUUUUAAACAAUCCAAGAAGCUCCUACGGAAGCAGAAACGGAGGUGCAAGAUCCUUUUCCUCUACCUCCAGUGAAUAUCCAGUUUUUGAGAGAUUUUCUUCACUUGAUACAAGAUACACACCAUACGGUUCCCUGGGCCGUGAGGGCCUUAAUUCUUUCUCUUCCUUGGCAUUUGAUGACAGUGGGAUGGUCGACUACACAUCUUUUAUAACUUCAGGUAAAACUGUUAAUGGCAGAAAUAUCAAUGUAAACAGAAUUAUUGAGGAUGAAGAAAGAGAAGAAGUUGAUGAUGGCGAGCUGAAGGCCUUCCUCAUAAAUGGUGUGGCAGAUGAAGAGGGCUUUGCGGAAGAACACAGCUGGAGGAGACAGUCAUUCAACUAUUAUUCACCAAAAUCCUACAGCCCCAAACAUGUACCUCAAUAUACUUUUGUGGACAAUGAUGAGCAAGGUAUACCGUGGGCCACUAGCAACAGGGAUCCCUCUAUUUUCUCAGCAGGAUUCAAAGAAGGUGGUAAGAGGAAAAAAAAGAAGCAUAAAAAGGUGCAGAAGAAGAAGUCAACCAAAAGGAAUCGUUAAAUUGAUCCUUCAGACACAUUAUGUUCAUAUAACAUUUGAACAUGAUUCUUUGUGUUUUGGUUAAUCACAGAGUUUUGUAGAUAACAUUUGUUUAAUAGUAUACUAAGAUUAUGUUUUUAACACAUUUAGCAGGAUUGUUGACAUGUGCUCAGUGGUGGUUUGGAUUAGGUACAUCAGAAAAAGAUGAGUUGUGACAGUGAUGUUAAGAAUUUGGAAAACGGCAAAGAUUAUUUUACUUUUGGUUUUGAGCUAAAUAUUUGCAUAGUUUUUCAGUAGAGUUUAUGAUCUGUUUCAUUCUUUUUCUCUAAUUAAAACUACAUACUUCUGAAAUAUGUAUGACAUUAGAAGCUAAAAAUGUAUUAAGAUAUACAGGUUUAGAGAAUGUAACUACUCAUGAAGUGACUUUUUUUCCAUUAGAGGCAUAGCAUUUGACACAAAACUUAGAUAAUAUAAAUUAAAAAUUAAAGUACAAAUUAUUUUCUUUUAAUUUAAAAAUAGCCAGACUUACAUUUGCACACCCAUGUUCACAGUAGCACUUAUAACAGGCAGAGAUGGAACCAACUCAAAUGUAAAUCGAUUAAUAAAAACGUAAAACAUUCAUACAUACAGGCAUAUACAUACAGUGGAAUAUUACUCAGCCUUAAAAAAGAAGGAAAUCCCUUUAGAUUAUGUGCUACA